UCGACUUCAUCGUAGCGCAACAGCACUUAAAAUUAAAAGAGACUCAAUCUCUCUGCUUUCGCUGUCUCCUUUUUGGCUGUCUCCAGCAAACACUCUUUUCUUUCUCCGGUGAGAAGAGUUUUUUUCCGGGGAAAGUCAGCAGAGCUUAGUUUUAGUUUCUGUAAGAGGAAGAGGAUAAAUAAGUAACUUCUCCAAUGGCGGCUGCGCCGGGAAGAGCUCGCUCAGACUAUGAUUACCUCGUCAAGCUCCUCCUCAUCGGCGAUAGCGGUGUGGGGAAAAGUUGUUUGCUUCUGCGUUUCUCGGAUGAUACUUUCACUACAAGUUUCAUUACCACCAUUGGAAUCGAUUUCAAGAUAAGAACAGUUGAACUUGAUGGGAAGCGUAUCAAAUUGCAGAUAUGGGACACUGCUGGACAAGAACGUUUUAGAACUAUAACCACAGCUUAUUACAGAGGAGCAAUGGGUAUAUUACUCGUCUAUGAUGUAACAGACGAGUCAUCCUUCAACAAUAUUAGGAACUGGAUGAAGAAUAUUGAGCAACAUGCUUCAGAUAGCGUCAACAGAAUAUUGGUUGGUAACAAAGCUGACAUGGACGAAAGCAAAAGGGCCAUCCCAACAUCAAAGGGACAAGCUCUGGCUGAUGAAUAUGGAAUCAAGUUCUUCGAGACGAGUGCAAAAACAAACCUGAAUGUGGAGCAGGUUUUCAUGUCUAUCGCUAAAGACAUCAAACAAAGACUCACAGAAAGCGACACAAAAGCUGAGCCACAAGGAAUCAAGAUAAAAAAACAAGAUGCUAGCAAAGCCUCAUCGUCUUCUACAACUGAGAAAUCAGCUUGCUGCAGUUAUGUUUAGAAGAAGUUCCAUUGACCGGUUUCUAGUCUAUUGUAUUCUCAUCAAUCUUCUCCGUAUCAUUCAGAGAUCUUAUUGUUAUUCUUACUUAGAACAAGUAGAAGAGAGGCUUUCAUUGAUGGGCUGUAAUCUUAUGUUUAUGUUGUUAUCUCCAUUGCGUAACGCUGGGAAUGGUAGACAAUGUUUUGUAAGUGUUGAAAAACUUUGAAUUAAUGCAAUGCAGGUGUUGUUGUGUGUA